UGUUUAGGAAUCAGUCUGGCCCAAAAGUAUAACAUGGAAAAGGAGGAAUUCCCAGAAGAGUUUAGUAUCCCCUACAUUGUGUACUUACAGUCCAGCCCAGAACCAUGUGUGGGGUCCCUCAUCCACCCCCAGUGGGUAUUGACAGCUGCUCACUGUCCCACACCUGUUAAAAUUCGACUGGGAGUUUAUCAGCCCAGCAUCAUAAGUAAGAAAGAGCAGACACGGAACUGCUCCCUGACUGUGCGCCAUCCUGCUUUCAAUACGCAUUCUCUGGAAAAUGACAUCAUGUUGGUAAAACUGUCCAAGGCUGCUGCACUCAACUCCCACGUGGGAACCAUAGCCGUCGCCAUGGAGCCGUUGCUGUUUAACGAUUCCUGCUUUAUCCCAACCUGGACCUGGAAUGACUAUCAAAACAUUAGUGAGCCUGACAUCCUGACUUGGACAAACCAGUAUAUUAAACCAAACCAUGAAUGCAUCGACAAGAUAGACACUGGAAUGAAGACCAUACCCAUCAUGUGCGUGGGGACCCCUAUAAUCACUCUGUCUGAAAAUAAGGAAGUUUCAGCCUCUCCAGCCAUCUGCAAUGGGAGAGUCCAUGGAAUCUUGUCCUGGGCCAAAGGAAGCGUCACCUUGGGAAGUGAAGGGUUCUUCACAGAAGUACACAGAUAUGCAAGAUGGAUCCUGGAAAUCAUUGCUACCCACUGAGGCACCAUUGUUUCUCCAUCACCUCAGAGCAACUUCUUUAUGAUUUCCACACUGAACUCACAACUCUCUUGAUCCUUUUUGUUUUUGAGCAGAGCUUCAAACAGACAACAUUCAAUUAAAGUAAAGGUGAUAAGGACUCCU